CUGACGUCGUCAGUUUGUAUACAGAUGGAUAAGUCUCAAUAUAUAUACACAUGUCAUUAUUAUUUCACUUUCUCAAGAAAGUUUUGCAAGAAAUUAUACCAAUCCAAUAUGCAUGCAGUAACUCCAUUUUCAACGCCAAACUGGCCCUCCAUUGGCUACCAAAAGAACUACAUCUAUGAAAGCAAUGGAUGUUUAGAAUCCUUCUUUCAAUCUUCUCCAGUACCACAAGAAGAAAUCCCACUUGAUUCUCAAUCUCCUCCUUCUUUCACCCAAACCAGUAGUAAUUUUGACCCUUGCAUGCUCAAGAAACUUAACCACAACGCCUGCGAACGCGACCGGAGGAAGAAGGUUAACAGUAUGUAUUCGUCCCUCCGUUCGUUGCUCCCGGCAGCAGAUCAAACGAAGAAGUUAAGCUUUCCGGCCACAGUUUCGCGUGCACUGAAAUAUAUACCCGAACUGCAAGAGCAAGUGGAGAGACUGGUUCGGAAAAAAGAAGAGCUCAUGUUAAGGGUAUCGGAGCAGGGCGGUGGUAAACGUAGAGAUCCAGAAGAAGAGCGAAUGCAAAGCAGGCCCAAGGGAAGAUGUUUAAGUGGAUCGGUUGCUGUUUCUAUGAAUAGGGUCAGUGAUAAUGAAGUUUCGGUUCAAAUAUCAGGGAGGAAAGUUGACAACAUAAGCCAAUUGUCUGUGUCUGAGAUGUUGCAUUACUUGGAGCAACAAGGAUUCCUCCUACUAAAUGCUUCUUCAUUCGAGUCAUUUGGAGGAAUCGUGUUCUACAAUAUUCACCUUCAGAUGGGAUUGAAAACAGCCUGCAAGGUGGGAUCAGAAGAGGCUUUGCGUGAGAAAAUUUUGGCACUAUGUGAUAAUAGGGGAGGCUUGGGACUCUAAAAGCUAAUUAUCUAGGUUUAUACGGCAACUUUCAAUUACAAACUAAGUCUAAAGUAAUUAUAGUAAUAAUUAAAGGGCA